GCACAUGCAUAUGGGCGACACCAACACUGACACACCGAGCAUCAGGCUGCACCAACAUAAUCUUCUCACAAGAAAUGUGACUUUCCUCCGCUUUAUCUCCUCUUUCAGAUUCUAGACUAAAUGCUCAUGUGGAGCGGUUCUCUUGACCGUACCUCAAUCAAGGGUUUGUCUACUUCGAUUUAUCUGAUCGAACAUUAUCUCCCACAAAGCGCCAUCGUCUAGUAUUGUCGGCUACCAGCGCAUAUGCCUGCAGAAUAUGUCUUCAGAGCAACAAGACCUUUGCAAGAUUCCGUCUGCGGUAUCUCCUAAUGGCUUAUACAAUUUGGAGGAUCCAGUCACGCUGGAGCCUGACUUGAUCGCAGCCAGUGCAAUUAUGACCGGAGUAGCUACAGUCUUCCUCGUUGGAAGGCUAAGGCAUAACUUCCACAGUUUUGGAUGGUCAGAUGCCUUUGUUGUCCUGGGUUACUUGUCUUCCCUUGCAUAUACAAUCAAUAACUUGCUCAUGCUGAGAUUUGCUCGUCAUUUAUGGGAUGUGCCAUUGUGCUUGUUUAACGCCGAUUAUCUCAAGCAAAUCUACGUCGAGGAGACUAUGAACCAAGUGGCACGUUUCUUUACCAAGGGCUCAAUCCUGAUACUGUACCUGCAACUUUUUAGCAAUAUCCGAUGGCUCCGAGUGGCCGUCGCUAUUGGCCUCGUCUUUGACUUCUUACUCUAUGGCUCCAUGGUGGCCGUCUUCCUAUAUUUUGGUGUUCCACACGGCAACGAGGCCUGGGAAGAUUUACUCACCAAUGGCAUGGGCCAGCAUCUCGCUCCCACGGGCGUCGUUCAGGGCCCCUGCACAGUCGUACUGGACCUAUACAUCUUUGUCCUGCCACUUCCCAUCCUCUGGGGACUCCAGAUGACCCUCAAAAAGCGGCUGCGAAUAGCGGCUGUUUUUGCCACAGGCUUAUUGGGCGUGAUUUCUAGCCUUGUUACGCUGAGAUACCUCGUCAUAUUGCUACAUGCUGAAAACGAUUCCACAUGGUCAAGCACAAUCACAUUCAUAUGGUGCAUCGUUGAAAACAACGUCGCCAUUGCUGUCAGCUCGACGCCAGCAUUUGUCGCCUUCACUAGAGUCUACAUUGUUGACUCUGCCGUUUUCCGCUCCUUGACUUCGCUCAUCUCUAGGGGGCAUCGGGGCGGCAACUCUAGCAGUGGAGAGCAUUCGUACUCCCUCAAGCCAAUGUCGAUUAUAACGUGGGGGAGGUCGCCUAAGCCCCAAAGAAGUGCAACUAGCGCCGGUAAUAUAAGCAGCAUAGGCAGCAAACGGAAGCUUGAUCACACGCAGCAAUGGUACUAUGAGCUCAGCGACACGGCACUUAACAUGAGCGCGUCCGCGUCAAGGACGCGCACAAUAACCGAGCCAGAGGCACCAGGCAUCACAAGGACAACAGUAAUCAACCAGGUCUCGACGUGAUAUAACGGUUGGCGAGGGCAGCUUUUGGUUGAUACAACAGACAAAUAAACAAAACGACGGCAAAGUGAUCUCUUUUCCUCCUGCUCUCCAAAACAUGUUUUGUUUUAUCCUCAUCACUGGAUCGAUGAGAAAUUAAGUCGCCAUGGAUCCUCAAGAUGUGUUUUCUUCUUCUUCUUCUUAUUCUUCUCCUUCUUGACCUGAACCGGGGUGCAGAUAUCUUUCAACUCAAGACCUUCCACCUCCCCACUUGGCAAGUUCUUCCUCAAUAGAUCGGAAAGGGUA